CCCUCCUUCUCCGUCUUGACUUUCAUUACAUUCACUUAUGUCCUCUGGAUCAACACACCGGACCUGCCGCUGGAGCUGAAGAGGGUGCUGGGGGGGGAGAGGGGGGGUGAGAUUAAACAUUUAGGGACCAUUACAUUAAACGGGAGCAGCGCGGAUGAUGCGUUUUGCGCUUCGGCCACUCGAUGAAAGAGGAGACGCGCAAAAGAAGAGAUGGGCAUCGUUCCUGCGCUUUCACCGACCCGGUCGUGGGGGAAACGCCGCCGUGGUGCCGCGUCCGCUGGACCCGUAGCCGCUGCCGCCGCCGCCGCGGCGCCGCUGCUGCCGCUGCUGCUUCUGGCGCAGCUGUGCGCCGGUUUUAACUUGGACACGGAGAGACGCGUCGUUUUCACCGGACCGCGCGGGAGUUAUUUCGGCUAUUCGGUGGAGUUCGUCGGCAACGCAUCCAGCGUCAGCGUUUUGGUCGGCGCCCCGAAAGCCAACACCAGCCAACCCGACGUCACCGAAGGAGGAGCCGUGUUCUUGUGCCCCUGGAGCCGAGCCAACUGCAGCAUGAUCAACUUUGACAAGCAAGGUGAUCGACAUUUUUACAUCAAUGGUGUAAACACUCAGGUUGAAUUUAAGUCCCAUCAGUGGUUUGGAGCUACGGUGCGUUCCCAUGGAAACAGCAUCCUGGCUUGUGCUCCCAGGUAUUACUGGAGGACUGAACAUGACACACCUUUCGCCGACGUCACAGGAACCUGCUACCUCUCUGUAGACGGUCUGAAAACGUUCGUGGAGUACGCCCCCUGCAGGACAGAAAGACAUGGGCCUGUUGGGCAGGGAUAUUGUCAGGGGGGAUUUAGUGCAGACUUCACCAAGGACGGCCGGGUUGUGCUCGGAGGACCGGGCAGCUUUUACUGGCAAGGCCAGCUGAUCUCAGCCACCACGGAGGAGAUCGUGAAGGCCUACUACCCCUCCUACUUCCUGCUGUCCGUCGCCGGGCAGAUUCAGACACGACAGGCGCAAGGGAGCUACGAUGACAGUUACCUGGGUUACUCCGUGGCGGCUGGUGGCGAGUUCAGUGGGGAUGACGAUGAAGAUUUUGUCACAGGAGUUCCAAAAGGACACAUGCUGUAUGGAGUUGUGUCAAUAUUAAACGGAAGGGACCUGGAGCCUCUGCUCAACUUGACAGGAGAGCAGAUGGGGUCCUACUUCGGCUACGCGGUGGCAGCCACCGACAUCAACGGCGAUGGUUUGGACGACCUGGUGGUGGGAGCUCCAAUGUUCAUGCGUCGAGGGCUGAACGGGCGCCUGGAGGAGCUGGGUAAGGUGUACGUGUACCUCCAGAGGGGCCCUCUGCGGCUGGAGCCCAGCAGGUCCCAGCUCCUGGGUCAGCAGGCCUUCAGCCGCUUCGGUACGUCGCUUGCUCCACUGGGUGAUCUCAACCAGGACGGAUUUAACGACAUGGCCAUCGGUUGUCCCUACGGAGGAGACCAGCAGCGCGGGUUAGUUCUCAUUUACAACGGUCACGCGGGAGGACUGAUGGACACGCCCACUCAAACUCUCGUCGGCCAAUGGGCUUCCAGCUCUUUCCCGGCCAGUUUCGGCUUUGCCCUGCGGGGCGACAGGGACCUGGAUCAAAACGGCUACCCAGAUCUGGUUGUUGGUGCGUUUGGGGUUGAUAAAGCGGUGCUGUACAGGGCUCGGCCGAUAGUGAGCGCCAGUGCUUCUCUCACAGUGCAGCCGAACAUGUUCAACCAGGAGGAGAAGACCUGUGAGCUGGUCACAGCAAAUGGGACCGUCGCUGUGUCUUGUGUCAGCAUUGGAUUCUGCCUGCUGGCUAAUAGAAAGCACCUCCCCUCUCAUCUAGGCUUCGUGGUGGAGGUUCAGCUGGACAGCGCGAAGCAGCACCAGAGGGAUUCCAUCAGGAGGACCCUGUUCCUGGACAGCCAGCAGCCCAGCCUGCUGAAGACCCUGCGCCUUGCACACGGGGAACGCCUGUGCCUGGACGCCAGGAUCUACCUGCGGGGCGAAGAAGAGUUUCGGGACAAACUCUCCCCUAUUUCCAUCAGCCUUAACUUCAGUCUGGAUCCUCAUGCCCUAGUGGACCAGCACAGCCUCAGACCCAUCCUGAAUUACGGGACAGAACAGCGUGUAGUGCAGAAGGCCCAGAUUCAACUCGAUUGCGGAGAGGACAACAUCUGCGUCCCUGACCUGCAGCUGGCUGUUUACGGCGACCGAGCGGAGGUUUACCUUGGUGAUGAAAACUCGCUGAGCCUGACGUUCAACGCCAGGAACGAGGGCGAGGGAGGGGCGUACGAGGCCGAGCUCUACGUGGCGCUUCCCCCAGAGGCCGACUACAGCGGGAUAGCGCGCAGCAACGCGAGCUUGACUCAGCUGACGUGCAGUUAUGAUGCAGAAAACCAGACCCGCUAUCUGCUGUGCGAUCUGGGAAACCCCAUGAAGUCCGGUACCAGUUUAUGGGCCGGCCUGCGGUUCACGGUGCCCAGACUGAAGGACACGCACACUACGGUCCACUUUGAGCUCCAGAUACGAAGCAAAAAUGCCAACAACUCAGAGAGCGAGGUGGUGCAGUUUGCGCUGGAGGUGGCGGCGAUGGCUGACGUGAUUUUGCAAGGUGUUUCUCGCCCGGACAAAGUCGUCUUCCCCCCCCCCAACUGGAGCGUCAGUCAGAGUCUGAGGGAAGAGCGGGACAUCGGCCCGGAGCUCCAGCAGGUCUACGAGUUGGUGAAUAACGGUCCCAGCGUGGUCAGCCAGUCCACCUUAGUGGUGAGGUGUCCUCUGAGGGCUCAGGGCCACGAGCUGCUUUACCCCGUGGAGGUGGUGACCGAGGGGCCGCUCAGCUGCUCCUCUAAACACACCUUCAAUGCACUGAAACUCAAGCUCCAGCCUCCGGCAGCGCUGCUGGGAUCCGGCAGCAAGCACCGCAUCCGGAGGAGGGAGGAGCACCGAGAUCUUCUGGCUGAACGAGGGAACCUGACGUGCUCGGCCGUGGAGUGCUGGCAGCUGCAGUGCGACGUCGGCCUGCUGGAGGGGGGAGCUAACGUCAUCCUCACCCUACGCUCCAGGCUGUGGGCCGAGACCUUCAUCGAGAGGGCCUAUAAGCCGUACGUUCUGGAGUGCUCGGUCCACUACAAGGUGGAGAGGAUGCCGUAUUCUAUUCCUCCCAAGUUCAAGCCAUCGGGAUCCAAAAAGGUGGUGACGGCUGUGAUAUGGAACAAGCCGGACAGCCCGUUCCCCGUUCCAGUGUGGAUCAUCAUCCUGGCGGUGCUGUCCGGGUUGUUGUUACUCGCCCUGCUCAUUUAUCUGCUAUACAAGAUGGGCUUCUUUAAAAGGUCCGAUCCGUACGGCACCACCAUGGAGAAGGCCCAGCUCAAACCCCAGGCGUCCUCUGAAGCCUAGCCGGACCCCCCCCCCCCCCCCCC